GACAUUUUCUGUCAGUCACGAAAAAAAAAUAAAAUUUUUGUUCGAGGUUCGAGUUAAAGAAAUUACAGUCAUCAAAAGAAGGAAGGAAAAGUUAUCUUAAAAAUUUACAAUUUAUCGCUGAAAUCGGAUAUACCGCUGCAAAAUGUCACAAACAGGGACUCCAGCGACAACAGCACUCCAGUCAACAAAUUGUACAAAAGUCUUCAUUCAACGCGACUACAGUGAGGGGACAUCAGUGAAAUUCCAUACGAGGCUUCCAAGCGAAUUAGAGGGUCUUAUUGAACGUCAGAUUUUCGAGUCAACAAUAAAUAGACUAAAUGAAUUUUUUGCGGAGGCUGAAAAGGGCACAUGCAGCACAUACUGUGAGGGUUGCAUUGGAUGUAUUACAGCUUAUCUAGUAUAUAUGUGCUCAGAAACGCAUUACGAAAAGGUCCUGCGUAAAAUAUCGAAAUUCAUUGCUGCCCAAAAUGAACGCAUUUACAAUCCCAAAGGUUUGCAAGUAAUUGAUCCGACAUACCGUGGUCUACGAGUCAUAGAAAUAUCCAUACUUGAUCGUCCAGGACGAACGUGACUUCCGCUUUCCCACUCAACAGAGGAAUUUUUCAUGUAACGUUUGUGUAAAGCAGACAUUUUUUCUUUUUAAUAUUUUCUUUUCUUUUUGUUUUGUACACAUUAAUUUUUUGUUUGUUUUCUUUCUUCUUCAAUUUAAUUAAGUCGUAUAAUUCCUAAGUUAUUAAUUAUUAUUACAUAUUGAUUAUUAUUUGACCAUGAAAAAAUGUCGUCGUCGUGUAAUUUUGUUCGUCUUAGGACCAAUUUUGUUUUCCUCCUACUUAUUCUAAUUAAUUUAACAAAAAUAACAAAUGUUACGAAGUAUUUAUUUAUAUAACACAAACAAAACAAAACGAUUUACAUUUUUAUAAUAUUGCUUCAUUCAAUUAAAAUCGAAAAUAAAAAACCAAUACUCAUCAUCAUCCAUCACAUUCAAAAACAUCAUUUUCUUGAUCAGUUUUCGUAACAAGAAAUAUUUAACUUUUUGUUUUAUUAUUUGAAGAAAACCCAAAACAUUUGUAUUAAUCUGUCGAGUUGGGAGUCAAAAGUCAAAAACUUAAACUUAAACAAAAACAAACCAAAUGAAAAACUUCAAUCAGUAUAAAAACACUUAAAGAUUUGACCUACAUACAUAAAAACGUAAAUGAUUUUAUGAAAAUCUAAAUAAAAAUAUCGAAUUAUUCUUAAAUGUAAAAUUACACAGUGUCAAUCUAUAGCAAACAAAACACAAAUAGUUAAUAAAACAUACAUUUUCCCUCACAUCUCAAAAAGAUGUCCGUAAUAAAAUAAAAGUAAACAGUUUUAAAAAUACAGAAAUUGUAAAUGUAUCAAUUUAUAUUAAUACAUAUUUACAUAUACAAUAUUAUUUGCAUACGGAAUUUUGUUUUAUAUACUUAUGUAUGUAUAUGCAUGUGUUUUGCUGCACAUAAUAUUUAAUGAUAUAUAAAAAUAUGUAAGCGCCCCCCAAUAUUACAUUCUUAUAACCGAGUUUCAUUGUUCAAACAUUUUUAUUUGUUUUUUGGUUUAAAGUUAUUUUUCGAAAUUAUAUCUGCGAGUAGUACAUACGAGUAUAUACAUAGUUACAAACAUACAUAGUGUUGUUAUAACUUCAAUAUUUAUACUUUUGAAACCCCAUAAUACAAUAUUAAAAUGAUGAAAUAUACAAAAAUAUAACAAAAUGUAAUGAAAAUUGAAAAGUAACUGACCAUAAUGUGAAUUAUGAAUUUGCAUUCAUAUUUAUAGAAUAAAAAUAAAAUAAAUAAAUAGAUACAUAAUAAUAUAAAAAAAA